AUGGAAGCGGAAAAGGAAGCCGAAUCUGCAGUAACAGAAGUAAAAAUAAAUCCAGAAGACAUACCAAACAAAGAAGAAAUGGUAAAAGAAAAGGCAAACAAAGCAGUAGCAUUAUCAGAAGAAGCUGUGAAAGCAAAAAAUGAAGCAUUAAUAGAAGUAGAAGUAGCAAAGGCAGAAGCGGCAAAAGAAGAAGCUAAUAAGGCGCAUAUCGCAGCAGGCGAAGCAAAAGCUGAAGCAGAAAAGGCUGCGCAAACGGCACCAUUAAAUGAAGUAACUGAGGCAAAAGGCAAGGCAGAAAGUAUGGCUAACCUAGCAAAGGAAAAAGCAGAAAUGGCAGCAAACGAAGCACAAGAAACAAAUGGCUGUGCAGACAGUAUACGAGAUAAAGCAAAAAAAGAAAUAACAGAAGAUGUAAAAACAAAAAUAGAGGAGCUUAAAGGAAAAGCAGAAAAGGCCUCAAAUGCAGCAGAGGAAGCCAAGAAGGCGCAAACAAAAGCAGAGCUCGCAGCGGCUGUAGCCAAAGCAGUGGUAGCAAAAGACGAGGCGAAAAAAGCGCAAGAAGCGGCUGAGGAUGCAAAAAGGCAAGCGGAGGAAGCAUCAAAAACGGUGGAAACAAAAGCAAAGGUUGACGCAGCAAGCGCAUCGGAGAAAGCAAAGAAAAAUGCCAAGACGGCAGAAGAUGCAGCAAACGAAGUGUCAUUAAAAGCGAAAGAGGCAGAAACAGAAGUGGACAAAGUGAUAGGUGACGUAGCACAAAAAUCAGAAGUAACAACAGCAGUAAGCGAGAUCAAAGGAAAAACACUGCAAGCAGUCGAAGCAGCCAACGAAGCGAAGAAAGCAAAAGAAUUAGCCGAAAUUGCAUUAAGCGUUGUAGAAGCAGAGGUGGCAAAUGAUAAGGCAAAAAAGGCAGUCAAGGCAGCGGGAGCAGCAAAAGAAGAGGCAAAAAAUGCUGUCGAAUCAGCAGAGAAAUCAAAAAAGGAAGCACAAUCAGCGGAGGAAGACGCGGAAAUAGCGAAGGAAGAAGAAAAGGAAGUACAAAAAAAGGCGAAAGAGGUAGAGGACAACGCGGCUAUAGUGCAAGCACAACUGCUCAUAGCAGAGCAGGAAUUGGAGACAGCUAAGGGAGCCACAUCGAUGGAAACACUGAUCCAAGCUAAAACGAAAGCCCUUGCGGCGGUAGAAGAAGCAGUUAAAAAAGCUCAAGCAGCGGAAGCAGCAGCCUAUGAGGCAACAGGUAAAGCAAAGAAAGCGACAAAAGCUGCGGAAAAGGCACAAAAAGCAGCAGAAGAAUCAGCCAUAAGGAAAAAACUUAAAAUUCUAGAAAUUGUAAAAAAGUAUUCCAAAGAAGGUUUCAAUGGAGUCGAUAAUGACGAACAGGUGCUAAACGAAAUUGAGGAACAAGGAAACGAAGAUGAGGAAGAAGAUGAGGAGGAAGACGAGAAGGAGGAAGAAAUAGUGAAGGAUACAUUACCUGAAAAGGAGGAAGAGUUGGACGAAGAUGAAGAGGAGGAAGAAGAAGAAGGAAUUGAAGAAGAGAAAGAAGACGUAGAAAUGGAAACAGAUGAAGACAAAUCAGAGCCAGACAAUGGAGAGCCAGCACAAAAUCGAAGUAUGCAACCCCCGGAACAGGCUGACAAACCAUUAAGUGAUAGCAAUGCCCAAGUGCUCCUCGCAGGUAACAGUAAAAAUUUUAUGGACACUAAAAAAAAAGAUGACGGGGUGACUAAAAAUAUAAUUAAUAUAAUUGACGGGGAUACGGAAGUCCUAGACACGCUCAUGGAUUUCGCGAAAGAUGUGGAUCAGUUUAUUUUUAACUUGUAA